GGGCUGACACACCCAGCCACGGAGUGCAGCCCCUUCCGCACUGACCCGCAGGGCAUCCCCAUCGCCCCCUGCGGGGCCAUUGCCAACAGCCUCUUCAAUGACGCCUUCACCCUCUACCACGUUAUCAAUGGCUCCUUCUACCCUGUGCCCCUGGACAAAAGGGGCAUCUCCUGGUGGACCGACUCCAACGUGAAGUUCAGCAAUCCAGAACCGGUCGAUGGCACCCUGGAGAAUGCCUUCAAGAACACAACCAAGCCCCCCAAUUGGCCCCGUGCUGCCUACCAGCUGGACCCAGACAACCCCAACAACACCGGUUUUAUCAACGAGGACUUCAUCGUGUGGAUGCGUACUGCUGCCUUGCCCACGUUCCGCAAGCUCUACCGCCGUGUGCAUGAAGGCAACUUCUCCUCUGGCCUGCCCCAAGGCACCUACUGCCUCAACAUCACCUACAACUACCCUGUCCUCUCCUUCCAGGGCACAAAGAAGGUCAUCUUCAGCACUGUUUCCUGGAUGGGUGGCAAGAACCCCUUCCUGGGCAUUGUCUAUCUGGUCUUUGGCUCUGCCUGCAUCCUCACUGGCUUUGUCAUGCUGGCUGUUCAUAUCAAGUACCAGAAACAAAAUCAGAUGGAUGUGGAAUAGAGAGUCAGAGUCCAAAUGCCACCAAACUUUGAGCUCCAGAUGCAAACUUUGCUGCUAGCAUCUGGGCCUUAUCUUUCUUUUUCAGUGGUAUCAGUCUGAUUUCAGUGGGUUUACUGCCAACUCCCACUAGUGUAAGUGAGAGGAAACUUGGACCUUCAGUGUCCGUAGUAGGCUGGAUGAAAACCUGGUUUCCUUGCCACAAUGGAGAGUUCAACGCUGCUUAAAUUCUACAGCUUAUUUUAAACUGAGUGAUAAGCCCUUCACUUUGUCUAUAUAUCUGUGCACCUAAAGAAUCACUGUCAGAUUUUCUUUUUGCCUAUACACAAUUACCAAUAUUUCUAAUUACACCUCAGACUUUGUUUUUUACUUUUUUAGAAGACUGGGAUCAUUUCAAUCUGUCUCACUUUCAAUCCGUCUCACUUUCUACACUAUUUUCCUCUAUCUGGAUUAACUUCUGUUUUUCUAAUCUUUUUUUUUAGUAAUGGAAGUGAAGCUCACUAGUCUCUGUCUAUGGAUAGAUUUUAAAGACAAUGCACUGCAGAGUUUGCAAUCCAACAGCAAAUCAUUGUCCUAAUGCAUGGUAAUCUAAAUAUGCAUCUGACUAGAAUUUAACACUAUUUCUGUUUAGUUCUAACAAGACUUUUACAGAUUCCAUUUUUGGAGACUAAGUUAUUUGUGCCUUUUUCUUUACACUGGUAAAAGGGACAUUUGGUAAUAUCAUAGCAAGACCAAAGAUCAAUAAGAGACAGUGUUCACAAUGAUGAGUUCUAUCAUGCUGCUUGAGCCCAACGUGUAAAACACUUUCAUAAAGAAGCAUCACUCUGCUGGUGGUUGAUUUGGCAGCUGGUAGCUGCUUAUGGCUAACAAUCCAAUUGUCAACUGUUUUAAUUUCAAGAAUGCUUUUUUUCUUUGAAGAGGAGGAUUAUAUACUAGUCCUUCACUAAAAUGGAAAAAAAAUUGACCUGAAACUGUCCAAAACAAUAAACUUUAAAGGUUGAUGUUAAUCCUUAGCGAGAGACUAUCAUGUUAGAUGCUAGAUGUAAGUGGUAACUGUGAUCCAAAACCAUUUUUCUUCCCUCAUUCCUUCUCACUUGGGCUCAUGCUGAUAGCUGCAGAGAGAGUAGAGGCUUCUUUCUACACAAUGACUUUACUUAUAAGCAUCUUCUGGACACAGCUGACUAAUGUUGAUACAGUCCACGUAACUUCACUCAUCGAGAAAAGGAUCCUUUUUCUGUUAUAGAUUUAUCUUCUAUUUUAAAAGGAUGGGAAGAUCUUGCCUUGUCCAUAUGUUCUUUUUCUAACAGAUAUUGCUAAGAAUGUCAUUAAAUAACCUUGAGACUAGAAACACUUUACAUGGCAAUAAAAUCAAGUCGUCCAACUUACUUAGUUUGUGUCCAAAAAUAGCGACUCCAGUGCCUAGAAAGACUAAGCAAGGAGAAUAGUCUUAAGUCCUCAAACAUGUAUUUUCCUGAAUGUUUAUAUUUUGUUUCCUGUGAAGGUUUUUUUUUUAACCUCUUAAAAAGUUGAGUUGACAAGUUAGUGAUGGUAGGUAGCUUUGGGAACCAUCACUUGAUAGUGGUUGCUUAUGAGAUGAUUUCUUAUUAGAUGUCUGAAUGUCUGUGGCAUGUGAUGAUGUCUAAUUCACAAUGUAACUGCUCCCCUUGUCACAUCCAUGUAUAUUUUGAAGUCUUUUGGGCAAGUGUGGGAUCUCUUUUUAAUUUUUCAAAUUGGGUGAAUCUUACUCCAUAAAAGUUUCUUGAAACAGA